GCGAGUCCGCCGCCCUCGCCCUGGCCCCGCCACCCGCGACGAGCCCCCCAGCAGCACCCAGCGGACAGAUUUUCUUGCUCUUGCCAUCGCAUCGCAUCGCCGUCCAUCACCAACCAGCCGCCAGCAUGUCCAACCGAGCGCUGCUCCGCAUCCAGAAGGAGCUCGGCGACAUCUCCCGCAACCCCGACCACCAGAUCGAGCUCUGGUACAGCGACUCCAACAUCAAGCACAUCCAUGCCAUCGUCACCGGCCCGCCGGGCACCCCAUACAGCUUUGGACUCUUUGACUUUCGUAUCGACUGCGGAGACAACUAUCCGACGCAGGCCCCAGAAGUGCUUUGCCAGACAACCGACUUUGGCAAGGUUCGCUUCAAUCCCAACAUCUACGCCAGCGGCAAAAUCUGUCUGUCGAUCCUCGGCACCUGGCGAGGAGAGGCCAACGAAAUGUGGAGCUCGGCACACGGCAUUCUCAGUGUCUUGAUCUCAAUUCAAUCGCUCAUGUGCGACAAGCCGUAUCUGAACGAACCUGGCUACCAAAAUACAAAUGAUCAACAAGUCAUUCAGGCAUACAACAGCAAAAUCAUUCACGAGACACUACGAGUGUCGAUCUGCAACCGACUCGAGGCGUCCGAAAAGCCCCACCCUGAGCCCGAGGGCUCGGACACCAAGACCGAGAAGCCAACAGGAAUCAUCCGCCACUACUGCCACUGCCGCCAGAGCGAUCCGUUCGCGGACCUUUGCAAGCACAUGCUUCUGCUGCACUAUGAUACGUACAUGAGCAUUGUUGAACGCGAGUCCGCCAAGAUCGCGGACGGGACCGCCUUUCCAAUCAUGCAGUUCGAAGGUGGCGGCAACGCCAUGUCUGGCGUGUACAACUACACCAGCAUCAAGGAGCGAUUGAAAAAGAUCUACCAUGUCACCCUGAACGAAAGCCAUACUUGGUUCAGAGAAUUGUCGCCUCAGUGGAUUAAGGAUGAACUGACGACUGCUUCAAAUCUAAGGGCACAGUUCGAGCAAAUCCAAGCGUCGAACGAGCUGGAUAUUAUGACCGUAGAGCUCGAGGACGACAACCCAUUUAAAUGGACGCUCAUUGUCCUUGGCAUGCCGGCGAGCUGCUACGACGGAGGCGUCUUCAAGAUCGACGUCUGGUUCCACCAUCAGUUCCCAGAGGUCCGCCCACGAGUGCGCUUUGCGACAGAGAUAUUUCACCCGCAUGUCACAAGCGACGGUGUGCCAUACUAUAGAGUCCAACGCGCAGAGUCAGUGAAGCACCACUUGCUGGCGAUCCAGGAUCUCCUGCUCAAGGACCCUGCCUCAGCACCUGAAACCCAUGUGAACCAUAAGGCUGCGAAGCUCUACUUUGGCACCAAAGACGAGCGCAAGGACUUUAAUCGCAACGCCCGCCGAUGCGCACAAAAGUCAGUCGAGUAAAGUUGACCGAGCAAUGGGUGCUGCGAUGCGGCCGGCUUGCUUGGUCUGAGUGGAUGAAUCCGGCCGCCGCUGGCUGUACCGCCUUGAUCGAUCCGCUGUGCUGCACCUGCAUACAUGCAUAAUCUAUACGACCCCGCCCCUGCCUUCCGUGCCGGCCCACCACGCACCUGGCUGUGUGGCUCCUGGGCAUCUGUCUUGCCUCAGGGCAUCCCGUCCAGAUGCUGUUGCAGGCGAUCCAGCCACAGUCGGCCACGGGCA